GUACUUUUUGUGAGUUUUUAAUUAAAUUAAAUUACAGAACAGACUUCAGCAUGUUGUUGAAAGAUUUGCAGGUUAAACUUUAGAUAAAUUGUUGUUUUCAGAAACUCUUACGAAACCAAACGAUCCCAUCUCAACACUCUUCCCCCUCGGCAAUAGAAGUCAGGUAUGAAUGAAGGAUCCACCCUCAGUUUCGCUCUCGUGGGUUUAUAAGGCGCAGUGCGGAGCUUUGAAGCUAAAGUCGUGCGACAGAGAGCAACUGGACAACCAUGAGGACUCCAGCGAUUCUGAUCAUAGGCCUGGUGCUUGCGCCCUGUGGAUGGAUCCUGGACCUGACCAGCACGGUUGCGCCCAACUGGCGCCAGCUCGGCACACUUUCCAACCAGCCUGUCGGUACCUACAUCACCCAGGGCAUCUGGGACAUCUGUCAAACUUCUACCACAUCCAAUAGUCCUACCUGCAACUUGCGAGCCAACGACCAAAUAUAUUUUAAGAACCAGGUUAUUCCAGUCGCGCAGGGGAUGAUGAUCGCGUCGCUGAUUGUUACUGCAAUCGGGCUGGCGGUGCUCACACCUGGUGUGCGCUGUUGGACCGACCAUAGUCCCCGAUGGGCCAUCGCUGGAGUCGGUGGCCUGCUCAUUUUCUGCUCGGGGGUUCUCACGAUCAUUCCUAUCGCCUGGUACACGAAUGUCCUGACCAGUCUCAACACGAGUACCGUCUUUGCAAACCCGCAAAGCCCGGACAUCAGUGUGGGUUACUGCAUAGUUUUGGGUUAUAUAGGUGGGAUCAUGGAAGUGAUCGGCGGUUUGAUCAUAUGCGUGGGAUUCUGUCGAUGCUGCGGAGGACGGAAUCGUGGAGAGACACCACGACCGUCGCGCGAUCUCCGUGACACUGCUCGCUAUCGGGACCGGGGAGAUCGGGACCGAGGAGAUCGGGACCGAGGAGAUCGGGAAAGAAACAGGAAUCCCGUCCCGUAUCCACGCAGCAACUUACCGAGGAGCGUCACUCCGAGCAGCCAGGCGUAUUCCCAGUACUCUGCGGAAGAGGAGUUAGAUUACCCGAGAGCCAAAGCUCAAAAGAAAGGCACGACCAAUCCUUCCUACAACCCACGACCUUACGACGUGGAUCUGUGAUGCUGCACAUGUUGGACUUUCGACUUCCAUUAAAGCGCGUCCACACGGAACUCUCCUAGGCCCUGUCUGGUUUACUCAAUUAUCGGUCAUCAAAAUCUUAGCAGCUGGCAUGUAGAAGUUAUGUUUCCUCUUUUUGUAUCGACUUUCAAAAUGCCACAAUGCUGUAACGUGAUAUCACAAUGCUGAAGGACACACGUCACUUGUUGAUGGGAAUUUCCAACUAGUUUUAAUCUCAAACUCAAUGUUUUCAUUUACUAUUAUUGCUGCAUUUAAAUGAAUGAGCAACCAUGAAGUUGCCUGUUGAAGCCUCUUGAAGAAAGAACUGCUUAUGAAGGAUUAAAUUGUUCUCACUGUGAAUAAGACACCGUAUUGUUUAUAAAGAAUAGGACGUGUGUGAACGCGGUGUAAAAUAUAAUCCACUUUAUUUUUAUAUGUUACUACUGUUGCUGAAGGGAAGUGAGUGCGACUCAACUCGUUAAAUGUACUGUUUACAUGCAUGUUGAAAGAGAAUUUGUGACAGUUUUUACUCUGUUGUUUACCAGUUAAAAAGUUUGCUUGAGAAAAUCGUUCACCUGUUCGAUAUAUCGGAGAUCAAUAUUUCUACUGUAUAAUAUGAUCCUGAGUGCAGGUGAACAGUGUUGCCAUGUUUGAAGCUUUAACUUUGUAAAUACUGUAAAUAAAAUAGAUUUAUGUUGAAUCUGAAAUCUGAUCACUGUGGACUAAUAAAAAACAAAGUUAUUAAUAUCAGUGAUUUCAAGGAAUUAUGAUUUGAGACGGUUUUAUUUCUAGUUUGCAUCAUGGUUUCAGGCAUCAGAAAGAAAGGCUGAAGUAAAACUAGCUGUAGGUCUGGAAUCAGGUGAGACUGGUCUGUCUGGUAUCGGUGUGGCUCCACCUUAAGUACAGAAACAAGUGUGUUGAUGGGGGCAGGAGGAAAAUCCCAGUCUGGUUCCUGCUCUUCAGCAUUGAUUUGUUAAGAUAUAAAAAAUGUUAAGUAAAACGUUCA